AUGGAUCUUUGGCUGAGGUCUCUGAAAAGCAAGGCGAUCCAGCUCUUGGUCACUGAGAUCGACUCCGUGUUCUUGGAAUUCGGUUUCGUCGGUUACCAUACUGUCGAUCAAAAAAAUUUCCUCGACUGCCGGAAUUCCACACUCUCGGUCUCUUACACCCUUCCUGCCCUGAAUGACCAGACGAAGAACAAAGUGCCGCCGUCGGUACAAGUAAAAUUCCAGCCAUUGGGUAACUUCCUGGUGAUUUGCGGCUCUCUGGCCCGGGAAAACGGUUCGCCUCUGCGCAAGCUGAUCUUCAACAAGGCCGGAGCAUUCGCGUCGGUUAUCACCAGUGGAGACGUUACGGAGUUUCGCAGAACGAUCAAGGACGGGCUCUGUUUCCCAUUGCUGAUCGACAUCACGGAGGAGGCAGGGCUGCCUGUGCCCAACUGCUUCUCCACCCUCCCGGACGAGCUCAAGCUCGGGAUCAUGGCGCUGCUGCCGGCGGAGGCCCUGGCGAGGAUGGAAUGCGUGUGCGCUGGCCUCCGGAGCCUGUCCGCCUCCAGCAAUCAGCUGUGGGAGGCCAAAUACUGCGAGGUGUUCGGCAAGGUCGUCGUGGUGGCGGAAGCAGGGUCGAGUUCUUUUGUGGAGAAGAAUUGGAGGAAGCGGUUCGCCAGGAGAGCGGAGAAGAAGAGGAAGCUUGCCAAAGAGCAAGAGGAGAAGACGGGUUUGCUUCUUGGGAAGCGUGCGAGAUGGAUGAGAGAUUAUUAUAUCAAGUCGAAGCGAGGGGUGAGGGGAUAUUAA